ACGGCCUGCCGGCCGCCUGUCCGUCCGCCCGUCCGUCCGACGGCGCGGGUUCCGCCGAAGGAGGGGAAGUAGUAGUAGUGUGAGUUGUGAGGUAGAGUGAGAAUGAGACUGAGAGAGAGAGAGAGAGAGAGAGAGCGGAGCGGAGCUGAGCGGAGGAGACUGAGAGCAGGAGGAGAGGUGUGUUGGUGCGAGGGGCGGCCGCCAGAUGUCAUCGCGAUCUGUUUUUCUUCCUGACAGUGAAUUUGUGAAAUCAGUUUCGGGGUGACGAUGCCAAGUGCGACGGCGGCAGAUGUGAUGCAAAUUCGGUGUUUCUUCCUUCUUUGAUGCGCGGAGGCAUCAAGAUGAGUCUGAUCAUGGACAAUAGACUGGAGGAGACGGCGGACACCGAGGCCGAGGUCAAGAAGCUGCAGGCUCUAGUCAAACAGUUGGAACUGCAGAAUGAGGAAUUGCGGUCGGAGAGGCAGCAGUUGAUGAAAGAAGGUGGUGGUAGUGUGGGCGGCAGUCCUGUGCCUAUGGGCGACGGUACUACAACACCUGUGGGCGGCAAGGAUCAUUCUCAGCAACCCCCGACCACUCCCAAGCGGCAGUCCCAGGGGCUCGACUCUGACUUCGAGGCCAUGGAUCCUAUCGGCCUCGACGAGACGGACCUGUCAGACGACGAGACCUGGUUGUUUGAGUCUCCAUCACCACAAGCAAAGCCACACAACUCAGAUUGGUUACGCAAAGAUGUCGAUGAUCCCUCAUUAAUAGUUGCUAAGAAGUCUUUAUACAAAAACUAGAUCAAUAGCG